AGAAGUUUGCUACAAUGUUAAUUAGAAAGUAAUGUGCGACAAUCCCAUUGAUGUUUGUAUAUACCUACGCACACGUCUGUAUGUAUAUGUGUGGUUCGAUGUGUGUGCGCGCGCGCGUCUCGCCAAGCGAAAAGAAAAAAAUCCGAUUCAUGACGAUUCAAGUUAAUCAAGAAGAAGAUGAUGCCAAUGAGAGGAGACUACAGAAAGAGAAAAAAGAACGAGCCGAAAAUAAGAAGAAAGUGGCAGGCUGGUUGGUCCAGUGUUGUCACGUGACCGGAAGUGGCCUCUUCCCCACCCUUCAACUCCACCUUCGAUGUGGAGACCUGUACGCGUUCCCCCCUUUUUCCUUCCUCUGGCUUCAUCCGGUUAGCGAUGGGUAUUAAAUUCCGUCCGCUGUAAGUUUUUGAAUGAAAAACUCCGAUAAAAAUCUCCUUUUAAUAGUCAGUAAUGAAUAAUAAUUUUUUAAUAUAUUUAUAAAUUCAUAAGUUUUUUUAAUAAUUUAUAGAAGAGAGCAAUUGUCAGAAUAUAAUAUAUGGGAUAUUUUUUAGAAUAUUAAACGGACUAUUACAAAUAGAAAAAAAGAUGUUAUUACUUUAGUUUAAUUUUAAUACAAAUAGAAGUAAAAAUUGGGUAGAAUAUUAAAAUUGUUUUUGAAAUAUUAAAAUUUUAUUAACAAUAUGAAAAAAAAUUUUUUAAUUUUUAUUUUUUUAAAAUUGGUUAAUGAAAUUUAUACAUUGAAUUGAAAUUAAUGAUUAAUACUUAUAAAUAAUAAAUUACAUUGAUAACUAAAUCGAUUUUGUUUAACGUUUAAAACGAUGAAAACUUUGUUAAUGAUUCAAAGAGAUUCAGAACGUGUUGAAUCCAUCACUAUCUCCAGUUAUUUAUCCCUUCUUCUCCGCACGAACGAACACAUUAACGAGAAAAGAUUGGUCUGGCUUCCUUUUGCUUUACCUUUACGAAUGAUUCGAUCACGUUCGAAGAAGUCAAAAUUGGAAAUAUCUUUUAACCCUUUCACUUCCUUUUUAUAAAAUUAGUUUAUCCUUCUUAAUUGAAAUAUCUUAUGUUAUCCAUUCUUAAUUGAAAUAUCUUAUGUUUCAAUAUAUAUAUAUAAAAAUUAAAUUUAGGAUUUUCUUUUUGAUAUCUUUAUUUGAUAAAUAAAAAAUUUAAUCUGAUUGAAAUUGUAGAUAAAAUCUAAAAUAUAGAGGGCUUUCUAAUCUUAUUCAUUCUACUACAAUCCUUGAAUUUUUAUAUCUUAAUUUUUAUAUCUUCUUUUCUUUAAAUAAUAAAUAAUCUUUUUAUAUCUUAUAUAUAAUUCAGAAAAAUUUUGAUAUAUAUUAGUGACAAGAAUAAUAGACAAUAAUAGAUAAGAAAAAUUAAAUAAUAUCGAUAGUAUUGAACACAAUUGAAGUGAAAAUGAUUUAAAAAAAUAUAAUACUGUUAAAAUUUAAAAACGCAGAAAAUUAAAAUAUUUCACUAUAUAUUAAAAAAUAGAAAUAAAAAAUAUAAAAAAUAAUAUUUUAUAAUUAAGAAGAAUUAAUUUUAUCCUUUGAUUAUUAUAUCAAGGAUAAGCGUAUAUAUGAAACAAUAAUUUUAUAAUGUAUGAAUCAAUUUAAAAAUAUUUACGUUAGAUAUAUUACGUAGUAUUUAUCACAUUGCUUUACAUAAAGACCAAUAAAAAAAAUACGAAAGGAUAAUAGAGAGCAUUUUAGAAAGCUUUUCUCAGAGAAAUUUUCAAUUGCAUUCCGAUAACGAUAAAUAUAAACGGGACGAUAAUGUCUAUGGUUCAAUUUGAUUUUGUGACACGAUGACAAUACCAUUAAAAAGAAACAAACGAAAGAUAAACUUGUCACGUGAUACAAAGAUGGACCUAAAUACAAGAAAACAAACUUAUCACGUGACUCCAUAAACUUCUACACGAGAGACGAGAAAGUGUCUCUAUUCAUACCAUUCAUUUGCGAAUAAACAAUAGUCAAACUUAUGCUAAAUCCGAUUCUCUUAUGAUAGUUUUUUCGCGGAAAUAUACCAAAUCGUGGAAUACUAGAGUAGCCAGUCGAACGCGCCACUCAACGAGAGUCAAAUAGAAGCAGCCAUUGUACGAAUGCGUUCGAAGCGCAUCGUCGCGGAAACGUAAAAAUCUUAACCAAUAAUGCGGUCGAAGAAAGAAUUGAGACUGAUAGAGAGGUGUUCGUGGAAUGCUUGCGAUAUUCCAAGAAUUGCAUGAUAUUUCUAGUGUCGUUUCUAUCAACAUCAUAUUGAUCAUUAUUCGUGUAUGUGGUAAGUAGGUGGAAAAGAGAAUGGAAUGAGUAUGUGCAUGAUACUCACGAACAAAUCAUCAAUAAACUUUUCAAGAAAAUCGAUGGAGAGAGAAUUUCAAGAAAUUUUAAAUAUGACGUUUCGAUCAUAAUAUUUGAAAUAACCAGAUAUUUUUAUGAUCAAUUAGAUUUAUUGAAGAUAGAAGAUUAAAACGGAAGCAUUCGAAACGUUCACCGUAGAAUUCUUGAGGUAAAUUUGCACGAAUUUAUAUAAUCUAUACGAUUUCUUAUAAAAAUUAAAUGACUAGGAUUAGAGAUAAAAUAAAACUAAAAAAUUAAAUGAAGAAUAUAAAAUUUUUCAUAGGAAAAAUGUCAGGAUAGUAGAUAGAAAAAUCAAAGUUAUGAAAAAACUAGAAAAAAAUUUAGGCAUCGUUAUACAAAUCUGAUUUAACGUAGCAAAUUAUUUUACACAGAGAUAGUUUAUAGAAAUUUAUUAGCAUUUAUUUCACGAUUCAUUGAAAAAUAAAAUGAAUUUAAAAUGACAAAUGCAUAAAAACUUCUUAUUACAGAUUCUUAUUUAAAUCACGAAAAAAAGAAUAUUUCGAUAUAAAAUUAAUCUGGAUUGCUUCGUACGAUGGAAUCGAUCAAAUUUCAUUGAUACAUUCGAAUGUUCGAUCUAUUUCGACUUCGAAAAAAAAUAUUGAAGAUAUAUGUGAGUAGAUUGACAACUUACAUCCCUAACCUAAAAAAUUGUUGUGUAAUAAUUUAUGCGAAUGUCUAAUUACUAAUAGUGGAUGAAGUUUUAAUUGAAUUCGCAUAUAAAAAAGAGUCGAAACGGGUUUUUAUUUGAUCUGAUGCGAUAAAUGCGAUAGCAUGCAGUUAGCGGGGUUAGCGUGAUGUUUUCGCGACAGGGUGUGCGAGUGUUCUAUAUUAAACUCGGCGAACGCUGGUAGGCCGAUUGCGAAACGGACGGCUGAUAUUUUCGUUACAUCGCACGAGUAACUGCUUCCGGCCGACUAUUCCCUCUCUCUCUUUCUCUCUCUUUCUCUUGCUCCCUUCCUCUCAGUCCCUCUGUAUACGAUGGGCGUCCUUCCACUCGCAUCCUGCUUUUCCACUCGCUCACCCGCUGGCAGACUCUAUUUUUCUCGCUUUGCUCGCUAGUUCUCUUAUUCGCCAACUCGCUCUUCUCUCGCUUCACACUGCUCUCGUCUGAUCGUUCUCUUUCUCUCUUUUUUCUUCCUUUUCUUCUUUUCUUUCUCCUCUCUUUCUAUUCUCUCUCUUACUAUUUCUUCGUUCUUGGGCUUGUAAGAGAUCGGGUAGAUGCCCGUGCUUCAGCCGGCCGGAAACACCUACGCAUCAUGGUAGCGUGCGAGGUGAUGCUCAGUGAUGGGAACGACCAUCUCACGAGACUUCUUUCAACAGAAUUAAAAAAUAUAAUUCUCGUUUCUUGCCGAUAAAUGUAUCGAUAUUAAUUGAUAUUCAAUUUUCUAUGAAAUCAUUAUUAAAGUUAUUAAAGUUUGAUUUUACAAUUAUUUAGGUUAAACUUUGAAGUAUCUUUGAACUUUUUUCUAUAUAUCUUUUUAUAUUUUUAGAUGAUAUUCGAUGAAUACUGAUGAAAUAUACCGUUUUGACUGUUAGAAUAUGAAUUGAUUUGAAAACAUAUUAUGCAUAUUUAAAAUUUAAUUAUUCUUAGCAUAAGUUAAUAGAUUAAUAUCGUAUUGGCAUCCUGGCAUCUUUUCUUGAAUGAGAAAUUUUGUGAUGAAUUUGAAAAUCGAUUACGUAAAUAUUUAUUAUAUAUUAUUUCUUUUGUCAAAAUGAUAACAAUCUAAUGAUUUAAUUAUUAAUAAAAAUGUUUUAAACAUUUAUAAAAUUUUAAGUUUAAGAAUAGAUGAAUUAACAAAUUAUUUAAUUAUCGGUGUAUUUUGUUUGUAUUCAUUAAGUAUAUGUUAUAAAAUAAAAAAAAGUUAAACGAAGUCUUUUAUAAUUAAGAAUUAUUUACUUAUCAAGUAAUUAAGUCAUGCAUUGUUUUCUGUUAAAUAAAAACAUUAUUUUAUAAAUAAAAACUUGAUAUUCAUUUUUAUAAGACAUAAAUUAUUUUAAAUAUCAUAAAUUUAUUCAUUUGUAUUUUAAUUUCCUUGAUUUUUUUCUGAGAUUCUGAAAAAAAAAUUCAUUGAAAAUUCAGUAAAAUUAUAUUGUUUCGAUCUAAUACAUACCACAUUGUUAAUUGAUUGCAAUCUUAUAUGCAAUAAUUCAAUAUUAUUAUUCGUGAAUUAAUGGUAUUGAAUUUGUAAUAAAUGCUAUAAUGAAUUGCAUGCAAACGGAUGUUGCUUCAUCACUAAUGAGAAUUAGACAAACUGUAUAGAUAAAAGAAGACUAAAAGAAUUUAUUUCCAUUCUUUUUUUAAAUAAUUGUAUAAAAAUAAAAAAUAAACAUUAUUUUACAUUAUCUUAUAUAAUUUAAUAAUUUAAUAAUAAUAAUAAUACAAUUAUAGAUAAAAUUUUGUAUAUGAAUAAUAUUUUAAAUUUAUAAUGAAUAGAAAAAUGAAAGUAAUUAUAAAAGUAAUUGUAUGAAAAAAAUUUAAUGUUAUAUAAAUAGAAAUUACUUUAAAAAUAGAUAUAUAUAUAUAUAUAUUUAUUCAACUUAAAUCAUUCAUAAUUUGUUCGAAGCUAAUUAAGAAUUAUUAUUUCGAGAGAAUCUCAACACCGUCACUAGUUCUGUCUAAAUUUUUUUAUUUUUUCUUAUGCUAUAAAAUUGAAUAAUUUUUGCACAAGUUUCUUUUACAGGCAUAAAUAUACGAUUGUCACGAUGCAAACCAAUCAUUGAUUCGCUUCUUUUUUUUCUAUUUUCUUAUUUUAAUUAGAAAAGACUGUCUUUGCCAUGUUUAGAAACUAUGAUGUUUUUUUCAAUUGAUUUUUUCAAUAUUAUUAAUUAAAUAAAUUCAAAGAAAUUUUUAUUAUUUUAUAUUUUAUAAUAUAAUUUUUUUAUAUAUUUUUAUUUUAUUAUUUUAUAUAUAAAGCACUUAUUUCUUGUAAAUUAUUUUAAAAAGACGAAUUUCAAAUGAUUAUAAUGGAAACAUUUUCAAAUGAUUUCCAUCUAUGAUGGAAACUUUAAAAUAUUUUAAAUUUUUCACGAGGAAAGGGUUAAUUGGCGUUAUCUUCACGCAUUAUUAUACUUUGUAUAUAAAGCAAUAUCUUUAUUUUUAAUGUUUAUUAUAUAAAAAUUAAAACAAUAAGAAUAUAUUUAAUAAUGCAUGUAAUUAUUUAUAUAUAUAUAUAUAAUAUAUAUUUGCAUAAAAAUAAAAUUGAUAAUUUUUAAAAAUUAUAAUCUAUUCCAAUAUUAUAAUAUAUUUUUCUCUGUUAAUUUAUAUAUAUAAAUUAUUUUAAGAACAAAAAUAAUAAAUUUUUAAUUUAUUUCAAGGAAAUUACUCUUAAAUAAUUUUUUUUGUUUUUCUAUAAAAAUAUUCAAUUUUUAUUUCAUAUUUUAAUUAGUUUCAAACUAAGAAUGAAAUUAACUUUUACUUAAUUUAAUUCACAAAAAUUAAAUAUUACUAUAUGAAAUCAGUCUUUAUUGCUUAACGAAGUAACCUUGCCUUCGUGAAGAAUGGAACGCGGGGGAUUCGAGGAAUGUGAGGUGCGUAUAACAGGCGUGACCUUCCCAAGGUCAGACGAUGUGUAAAGGAACAAUGCACAUGGGACUUGAUCCGUGGUAGUCUACGAUACAAUACUAGCAAUAGCAAUUACGGUUGCAAUCGAAGGAAAUAAUAAAUAUGUGUAAUUUGUUUCUUUGAUUAUUCAGCUAUUCAUAAAUACUUAAUAUCAUUUGUUACUAUCAUUUGAAAAAUUUUCAUUAAUAUAACUUUAAGAUAAAAAGUUUAAAAAUAAAAAAAUUAAAUUUUUUUUUAUAGAAUAAUUUAAGAAUAUUAUUGUUUUAGUAAUAAGAUAUUUAUAAUUUUUCACAUUUCUUAUAAUUUUAUAUUUUUCAAUUUAUAAUUUAUUUUUCAAUUUAUAUUAUUUAUAUUAUUUAUUCAUUUAUAGAUUCAUUAUGUAUUUGAUUAUAAAUUACAUAGUUAAUUUUUUAUCUUUUCUUUACAUUAUUUUUAUUUAAUAACAAUUCGAAGAAUUAAUUUUUUUAUUUCAAUUUAUACUAUAUUUUAUUUUUUUUUUAAAUUAACAUUUAAUUAAAUAUUUAAAUAUAUUUCAUAUAUCUUAAAAUUGAAGUGCUUAGAUUUUUCACAUUUUUAAAUUGUACUAACAACGCCCGCUAGUGUCGAAUAUUGAAAUUUACUAAAGAUUCAAUCUUAAUAAGUGGAAUGUUUUCUUAUUGGUAACAGAUAAAAUUCUCCCGCCAAAUCCGUAAAAACGUAUUAAAUUUUUAUGCGAAGAAAAACAUCUAUUAAUGUUAAAUUUUGUAAAUGAUAAUUAGAUAUAGUGAAAUAAAAGUAUUAUUAAUUUACAUAUUAUGCAACGAAUAUUUUAAAAAUUUUAUAUUUAUAACAAACUAAUAUCAAAAAUAUUUAUAUUAAAAAAUAUUUUAUAAAUGUCAGAAGAAGAUUUAUUUAAUUGGACAGAUUUACCAAAAGAAAUUGAAGAUGAUUUUAUUUCAAUCAGAGGAGAUUAUGAUUAUCCAUUAUAUUUAUCCGAAAAAGAAGAAUGGAUCAAUUAUAAAAAUAUUGAAAACAAAGAAAAUAAAAUAAAAGUUUAUGGACCCUUUUUAAUAUGUGAAUUGAAUAGAUUCGUACCUUAUUUAGAAGUAUGUAAUUCUGAAGAUGCUAAAUGUUACCGAUAUCAAGUUGAUGAUGGAACAGGAACCAUUACUAUUUUUUAUGAUAAAAAGUUUUUUGCAAAAAGUGUUGCGUUAAGAAGAAAAAUUGAUAAAAAAUAUUAUAAUUUAUCAAAUAAUGUAAAAGAAAACAUAAAAAUAUUAAAAAAUCAAAAAUGCCCAAAAAAAUUUCCAAAUCCAAGACCAAAAUUUUUUUAUCCUCCUAAUACAAGUAUACAUGAUAUAGCUAUUUUUGAAUAUAACUGGUCAUUGGAAACAAAUAAUGGGACAUUGGGUGAAGAGAUACAACGUUGUAAUUAUAUACAUGCAUUAGGUUAUUGUACACUUGACUUUUUGCAUAAAAAUAAACCAAAGACAGAAAUUACAUUUACAGACAUAUCCCAUGCAAAAAUAAAUUUCAUUGCAACUAAAAUUAUGUGUUUAACUGAACAACAAUAUAAUAAAAAGUUGCUUUCAUGGAUUUAUAAUAAUGUCAGAAAACGGUAUGAUGAACAUCUAAAUGAAUCCUUUUCCAAAUCAUAGAAAAAUAUGAUAUAAAUUUAGAAAUUUAAUAUUACAAUAUUAUAUAUUUUUUAAGAGGUAGAGUAAGGAAAAAUUAAUAUGAUAUUCAAUAUGUUAUCAAAAAGCGUUUAUUUAAAAUUGAUGAAUGCUUCAUUCAUAUGUUUAGUAUUAAAAAAAUUUUAUCUGUUAAUUGAAUAAGAAAUUUAUGUUUUUUUAAUGUUUUAUAUUAUUCUAGUGGUUAUAUAGCAACUUUUGCAUUAUUGUAUUGUAUUUAAAGUAUAAGGAUUUUCUUCUUUUAAUAAAUGCUCAAUUGUAGAUUA